CUCAAUGGAAAUACUUGCAGCCCUUUACUAAAUGUAAUUUUUUUUCUGCCAUACGCAAACAUCUGCUAUUUGGAGUGAAUCUAAUCCGCUCAAAUUCUGAUUCCCACUUUAAACUAACGAUUUUCCGAGAGAGAUGAGUACCCUUUCUUCGCUAAAUUCGUUAAUUCCGUUAAAAAAUCAAUUCCAAUUUCCCGCCAUUUCAAUCAACAGGAUUAGGGCAAACCAUGUAAGAAUUUCAGCUAGUCUCAACAACAAUAAUUCCGAGGAAACUAAUCUUAAUCUCUCUGUUCUUCGUUUCACUCUAGGUAUACCUGGUUUGGAUGAAUCUUACUUGCCUAGAUGGAUUGGAUAUACAUUUGGUUCAUUGAUAGUCUUAAAUCACUUUGUUGGUUCCAAUUCAUACACGUCACCUUCACAGCUUAGAUCUGAGGCUUUAGGUCUUUGUUUGGCUGCAUUUUCGAUUACUAUACCUUACGUUGGUAGAUUUCUCAAGGGUGCAGCUCCAGUAGAACGACCAGCUCUUCCUGAAGGAAACAAGCAAAUAUUUGCUAUGUCAGAGAGUCUCUCGGAGAGAGAUAGGGAGGAUUUGGCGUGGGGAACGUUUGUCCUGCUAAAGAAUACCAAUACCGUAUCAGUGCUUAUAUCAGCUCAAGGUGCCUUAUGUGUACGAGGUUACUGGAAUUCACCAGAGAGUGCAUCAAAAGCUCAAAUACUUGAAUGGUUGGAGAGACAGAUUCAGCAAAUUGGCCUCUCUGACUUGAAGGAGACACUUUAUUUUCCUCAGGGGGCAGAUUCUGCAGUUUGGGAGAUGCUCCCUGAGGGUACCCGUUCGCUUCUAGUACAACCAGUGCCAGGAGAUCCUAACACCACUGCUAGUGAGACAACAAAGAAGAUUGGGGAAUUUAUCUUGUUAGCUUCUAGCAUGAGUUACGCAUACAAUGAUAGAGACAGAGCCUGGAUAGCUGCAGUUGCUAACAAGUUUAAAGACAAGGCAGUGUUCAGCAGUUGGCCUGUAAAAAAGUGAGAAGUAUUCUGUUCACUCAUAUGUACAGAGAGAUAAAAUUUUGCGCUGAUGCCUUUAGCUAAAAAGGGUCCAAGAAAGAAUAGAGGAAACAGGGAGGAGCACAGUGACAGGCCUGUUCGGGUUAGUAGUAUUGACUAAUGAGAUAACGGCUGUGGCAUACUUUAGAUUUUGUGUAGAGUUAUCUUUUGUUGUCUGUUUGCUUUUUCUUUUGUUCUUGUUGCUCUUUUCUUCAGUUUGUUGAAGAAUUGAGUCUUGUCUUAAAAGUUCUGCGAUAAAUUCUUUAUGAUUGAGCAAAAAAGAAAAAAAUCACACUGCAUGACAAGGGUUAUACCA